UUUAAAGUUAGUUAUCAGAUAUAUAACAACUCAGCAGCUUGAAACCUACCAGUAAAAUAAAAAGUACACCCAAUUCAAAAAGAUCAAAAUGAUUAUUGAAUCACUUGCUAAAAAUUCCUGUUUACCACAAAAAACUUUUAUGGGUAGGUUUGUUAAGCGCAUAUUAACAGAGAAAUGGAGACAUAUGGAGUUAUUAGCUGUUGAAAACUGUCAGCUUCAUCCUAACCAUAAUGUUCUUGAGGUUGGUUUUGGACCAGGUAUUGGACUUCAAGCAGCCUACAAUAUAAUUAAAAAUGGUAAUGGAAAAGUAGUUGGAUUGGAUCUUUCACCUUACAUUCUAGAAGAGGCUACCAAAAUACUGAGUGAAGGCAUCGUCAAAAAACAAGUGGAACUACAUCUAGGGAAUGUUAUGGAAAUGCCAUUUGAAUCAAAUUCUUUUGAUCGACUUUUUCACUGCAACACUUUCUAUUUUUGGCCAGAUCUUAAUAAAAGUGCUCAAGAGUUAUAUCGCGUUUUAAAACCUGGCUGUUUUAUGGUUACAAUACUUAAUCAAAGAUACCUUAAAUAUAUGAAAACUAUAGGUAUUUUACGAUAUGGUGACGCAGAUAUUCAAAAGUAUUUGAAUGCACUCCAACAAAGUAAGUUUGAAAAUAUUAAAAUCAGUCAUGGAAAAUAUGGAAUUAAGCCGUAUCAAAUUAUUACAGCUUAUACUGGAAAUAAACAGGAAUGA